CCUCAGGCGGCGCUGGCGCGGCUGAGUCCAGCCGAGAGAAGGAAGAGAAGGACGGCGCGGGGCCUUGGGGUGUGGAGGGGGCAGAGCGAGACGCGGCCCGAGCAGGGAGCUGUUGCGGUACCGGUGCGAGAGCUGCAGCGUGUGGUUUGGCUGGGUGUUCAGCUGCCGGCUGUUCCGUAUCUCCUCGUAGACCGCCGCUGCACGCCUGCCCGCCAAGAUGUCGUACAUGCUGCCUCACCUACACAACGGCUGGCAGGUGGACCAGGCCAUCCUGUCGGAGGAGGAUCGAGUGGUGGUAAUUCGCUUCGGGCACGACUGGGAUCCAAUGUGCAUGAAAAUGGACAAAGUUUUGUACAGCAUUGCUGAGAAGGUAAAAAACUUUGCUGUUAUUUAUCUUGUGGAUAUCACUGAAGUACCAGACUUCAACAAGAUGUAUGAGUUGUAUGAUCCCUGUACAGUCAUGUUUUUCUUCAGGAACAAACACAUCAUGAUUGAUUUAGGUACAGGUAAUAACAACAAGAUCAACUGGGCAAUGGAAGAUAAACAAGAGAUGAUUGACAUUAUAGAAACUGUUUAUAGAGGAGCCCGCAAAGGUCGAGGUUUAGUGGUAUCACCAAAAGAUUAUUCUACUAAGUACAGAUACUGACAUUUUGUUGGGGCUGUGCUUUUCUUUUUUAACCCUUUCUCCACUUAAAUUUAUUUUUCUGUGUGUACAUACAUAUGUAUAUUUAAAAAGAAAUAAACCAUCUUUCAAUUUUGA